AAGGAUAGGGAAAGGUAGGGAGAAAGGUGGAGAGAGUUGCGUUGUCCGAGUCGCUGUCUGCACUCAUCAGUGGGACCGAUGACCCCGUAUCACAGAUGCUUGUUAUUGUUAUGAACUAAUUAAGGCUGGGCGGUUACCCAUCCCAGCGGUGUUCCACCCGCACAUUGUAUGCUUAACAUCGGUUAUCGUUUGGAUCCGGUGCUAACAAUAAGCUUACAUCCACUUGCGGUUUGUGGUAGUCAAGUGUUCGGAACUGGUGAGGAUGCGUAGGCCGUUACAACCCUUUAAUUACUGUUGGCGCUUAAAUGCGCUUUAAACAAUUACUCUUAUGAUACGGUAGGCGUCUGUACUUUGAUCCGAUGACACGAGAGGCGCCUAUAGGCGUCUAGAAAAUUUUAUCUUCUAUAAUUCCAGCAAAUCUCAUUUGAACUAGAUUUAUUCUUUUUUAUAUCUUUAAAAUGAAAAAUUGGGAUAAUGAAAUGGUCAGAAAAAAUACAUGCAAACAUGACACAAGUGAUUCAUGUUCUGAUUCUGAGGAAACAAGUGAUUUUGAAAUGCCUAUUCCUUUUUACAAGCGUAUAAUUAAAAAACGUCGUGUUUUAACGGAAUCAGAAUCAGAUUCAUCAGAUUCAUUAGAAUCAGAAGAGAAUAAGACAGAAGUUACAUCAAAGCAAAAGAAACGUGAAAAUACAUUUUCCUGGACACAGGGAGAUUUCCAACCUGUAAUUCACGAAUUUGAUGACAAAAAUAGUGGAAUUAAAGCAAGUGUAAACAGGCAAUCAUCUAUUCUCGAUAUUUUUCAAAUUUUCUUUUCGGAAGAACUUAUAGAAUUCAUUGUCGAACAAAGUAACAAAUAUUAUGAAAAUGAUACAAGAGGCGAUGUAUAUAAUUCUAAUGUAACUACUGUUUCCGAAAUGUAUAAUUUUUUGGCAGUUAGCAUGCUAAUGGCACGAAUACAUAAGACAUCUUUAUCAGAAUAUUGGAGUAAGGAUAAGCUUAUAAGAACAGAAUCAUUUGGAGAAAUAAUGUCAAGGGAUCGAUAUACAUUAUUAUUAAAAAUCCUGCAUUUUUGUGACAAUAAUAAUGAAAAUUACGAUCCAAUUAUAAAAAUACGCCAUAUUCUUGAAAAAUUAAAAACAUCUUUUAAAACUGCAUUUUAUCCAUAUGAAAAAUUAUGUAUAGAUGAAAGCUUGUUGUUGUUCAAAGGAAGAUGUUAUUUCAAACAAUGUGUACCAUCAAAAAGAAGCAGGUUUGAGAUUAAAUCCUUUGUCUUGUGUGAUAACAAGACAGGCUAUAUUCAAGAUUUAAUUGUAUAUUCCGGGGCAAACAUGAUGUCUGAAGAUAUAGCAUCAAAAUCAAUAGGAAAGUCCGGACAGAUAGUAAUGACACUUCUUGAACCAUAUCUUGGGAAAGGUCACACACUUGUGACUGAUAAUUGGUACAGCAGUCCCAGUUUAUUCCUAGAGUUACAUAAAAACUUAACCAAUGCAUAUGGAACGGUAAGAAAAAACAAGUUAGGUAUACCGGAAUUGAAUAAAAAUAUAAACGAAGGAGAAUACAUAUUUUGUUCAACAAAAAAUGUAUUAGCAUUGAAAUGGAUGGAUAAAAGGGAAGUGUGGAUGAUUUCCACCUAUCAUUGUCCCAAUAUGAUUGAUACAAACAAGAUACAUUACCAAACAAAAGAAAAAAUAAUCAAACCACAAUGUAUAAUUGAUUACAAUAAAACAAUGAGAGCGGUUGACAAAGUUGACCAGAUUUUAUAUACUCUGAAUUAUACCAGAAAAGGUUUAGAAUGGUACAAGAAAUUUUUCUUUCAUUUAUUUGAUUUAGCUGUGUAUAAUACAUUUAUUUUAUAUAACUGUGUAACUGGAAGAAACUUAUCUUUUAGUAAAUUUCAUUUAUAUUUAAUAAAACAAAUUUUACGAAAAUACAGCUCAGGUAGAACACAUACAUGUAAAUCAAAAGGUAAAAGUAUUGAUAAUGAGCCUUUUCGUUUGACGCAAAUGCAUUUUCCUUCUCCAUAUGUAAACAAUGCAGCAAUUCGGAAAAACGCAAGGCGCAAAUGUAUAGUGUGUAGAAAACAUGAUAGAAGAAGUGAGACACAUUACGAGUGUAAGAAAUGUGAUGUAGGAUUAUGUAUUUAUCCAUGUUUCGAAAUGUACCACACUUUACUAGAUUACUAGGUAUAUUGUGAAAAAAAGCGUAAUAUUAAUGUUAAAUUUUUAGUAUGUGCAAUAACAAUUCAAUGCAGAAUACAAUUAAAUAAAUAAUAUUAGUUUAAUGUAA